AUGACGUUGUUGGACAGAGAGCUCGUUUUUCUCAUACUCCAGUACUUAAAUGAAGCGAAUGAAGGGAAAUACAAGGACACUGUUCACAGGUUGGAAAAAGAUUCAGGGUAUUUCUUCAAUAUGAGGUAUUUUGAGGAUUGCGUGAACAAUGGUGAAUGGGAUGAGGCGGACAGUUACCUGAGUGGAUUUUGUAAGGUUGAUGAAAGUAGAUACUCAACGAAAAUUUUCUUUGAGAUUCGGAAACAAAAGUACCUUGAGGCCCUUGACAGGCAUGACUAUGCUAGAGCUGUCGAGAUUCUUCAGAAGGAUUUGAAAGUUUUCUCGACAAUCAACGAAGAGAGGUUUAAGGAAAUGACCCUGCUUCUGUCGUUGGGGAAUUUUAGGGAGAAUGAGGAACUAUCAGAUUAUGGUGAUAUUAAGUCUGCCAGGGCUGUUAUACUUACUGAAGUAAAAAAGAUAAUUGAGGCAAGUCCACUUUUCUGUGAUAAGCUGCAAUUCCCCAAGUUAAAGAACUCAAGGCUGAGUACACUUAUCAAUCAGGGUUUAAAUUGGCAGCAUCACCUUUGCAAUAAUCCUAGGCCAAACGCUGACUUUAAAACUCUAUUUUCGGACCACAGUUGUGGACAUAUUGCUUGUGCUCCUUCCCCUGCAAUUAACCCUAUAAUGGGAUCCAUUGCUAAAGUACGUGGUUCAAGAAAAAAAAAAGUAGGUGGCUUCCCACCAAUACAUGCUCGUGGUCCAUGCCAGCCUGCAUCAGCACCUCUUACAACAUCUCUCUCUGGAUGGACAGCUAACCCGUCCUCUGUUCCGCACCAAACAGUUUCUGCCAGACCAAGAGGUCUAACAGUUCCCAAUAAUGCAUAUUCUAAACACGUGUCCAAGAAGAGAUCAAGACCUUUGGGGACGCCAGAUAAGAUCCAUGCCGAUACCCUUCACUCUUCUGAGGACUUGCCGAAGACUGUUAUUUUCAGUUUGAGUCAAGGUUCAGCUGUCAAGAGCAUGGACUUUCAUCCAGUGCAACAGACUCUGCUUCUCGUUGGAACAAAUAUUGGCAAUAUAACAAUUUGGGAGGUAGGCAGCAGAGAGAGGCUUGUUUCUCGGAAUUUCGAGAUUUGGGACCUUGAUGCAUGUUCAAUGGCUCUGCAGGCAUCUGUGGCUUUUGAAUACACUGCAUCAGUCAAUCGUGUUAUCUGGAGUCCUGAUGGUUCCCAUAUUGGUAUUGGAUAUUCCAAGAGUGUAGUGCACAUAUAUUCCUAUCAUGGUGCUGAUGAUUUACGGAACCAACUAGAGAUUGAUGCUCAUGUUGGUGAAGUUAAUGAUCUUGCCUUUACUCACCUAAACAAACAAUUAUGCAUCAUAACUUGUGGAGAGGACAAGACCAUCAAGGUCUGGGAUGCUGUCACUGGCAAUAAGCUGUAUAGUUUUGAAGGUCAUGAAGCACCAGUUUAUUCUGUGUGCGCACAGAUGAAGGAAAACACUCAGUUCAUCUUCUCUACAGCCAUUGAUGGGAAAAUCAAGGCAUGGCUCUAUGAUAACUUAGGUUCAAGAGUUGAUUAUCAUGCUCCCGGCCAUUCGUUCACAAGAAUUGUCAAUAGUACUGAUGGAACGAGGUUAUUCUCAUGUGGGACUAAUAAAGAAGGAGAAUCAUACAUUGUGGAAUGGGAUGAAACCCAGGGGGCUGUAAAGCGAACAUAUAAUGGGCUUGGGAAGCGAACUCUGGGGGUCGUGCAGUUUGAUACGACCAAGAACCGAUUCUUGGCUGCUGGUGAUGAGUUCCAAAUUAAAUUUUGGGACAUGGACAAUGUGAACCUGUUGAACGCUACUAAUGCGGAUGGUGGAUUACCGGCUUCUCCUUGUUUGCGAUUUAACAAGGAAGGAAUUAUGUUGGCUGUUUCAACAAAUGAGAAUGGUAUUAAAGUACUUGCAAAUGCCGAUGGUGUUCGACUUUUGCGGUCAAUUGAGAAUCGUGCAGUUGAUGCCUCUGGGAUGGCUUCUGAAAAUGCUGUGAAGGGACCCAUAAUUGGCACAUUUGGUGCUUCCAGUUCUGUUCAUGGAACAAACAAUGGGGUUGCAAAUGGAAGUCAAAUGUCUACAGUAGUUGGUCUGAAUGGAGAUGCUCGAAGUUUGGACAAGAAUUCAAGGGUUGCUGAGGAGUUAGAGAAACCUAAAACUUGGAAGCUAACUGAAGUUAAUGAACCAUCUCUUCUUCGUUCCAUACGGCUUCCCGAUGCUUUGAACCUGAUUGUUAGGUUGAUAUAUGCAAACUCAGGAGGGUCUAUAUUGGCAUUGACACAUACUGGGGUACACCGACUUUGGAAAUGGCAGAAGAAUGAGCAGAAUGUUUUGGGAAAAGCAACUACCACUGUGCCGCCUCUGUUAUGGCAACCUCGCAGUGGUAUAUUGAUGAUGACCAAUGAUAUAAUCGAUAGAAAUCUUGAAGAUUCGGUUCCUUCUUGCCUUGCUCUUUCCAAUAAUGAUUCUUAUGCUGUGUCAGCAUCAGGAGGGAAAAUUUCUCUUUUUAAUACGGUGACAUUCAAGACAUUGGCAACCUUUAUGCCUCCACCACCUGCAGCAACAUUUGUUGCUUUCCAUCCUGUGGACAAUAACAUUAUUGCCGUGGGCAUGGAGGAUUCUACAAUUCACUUGUUCCAUGUCCCAAUUGACACUGUCAAGUACAAGAUCAAAGGUCAUCAGACGAGAGUAACUGGCCUGGCCUUCUCCACUGUUCUGAAUGUUCUUGUAUCAUCAGGGGCUGAUUCUCAGCUGUGUGUGUGGAGUCUGGACGGAUGGGCAAAGCAGGCUGGUACGUUCUUGCAGAUUCCCACUGGUCGCGUGCUUACACCUCUUGCUCAGACCCGAGUUCAAUUUCACCAAGAUCUGAUACAUCUGCUGGUAGUACAUGAAACUCAAAUAGCCAUAUAUGAAGCAUCAAAGUUGGAGUGCCUUAAGAAGUGGGUGCCACGACAAUCUCUUGCUCCUAUCACAGAUGCUACAUAUUCUUGUGAUAGCGAGUCAAUCUAUGCGAGCUUGGAGGAUGCAAGUGUAUUUGUUCUAACUGCCUCCACGCUACGAAUCAGAUGUCGGAUAAGCUCUGCCGCAUAUAUACCGUCCAAUCCCAGCGCAAGGGUGUACCCUGCUGUAGUCGCGGCUCAUCCAUCUGAGCCUAAUCAGUUUGCAGUUGGACUCACUGAUGGGGGAGUUGUUGUUAUGGAGCCGCCAGAAUCAGAGGAGACGUGGGGUACUAUGCCUCCAGUUGAGAAUGCAGGGCCUAGUGCUGGCGCUGCAGCUGGUUUGGAUCAACAGCUAAGGUUCGAUAACCGUGUCUUGGAGGAGUUGCCGACCACCGAACCGGAGGUCAUCGGCGCACCUAUUUUGGAGACCGCCGCCGCGCCGAGGAGAUGCAAGACCGACUACAAUCGGCACGCCGAGAAGUCGGUGCGGUUUGGUUUGGUUCGGCGAGCAUCGAUGGCAGAGGAUUGA